UUGUUAGAUCUACCCUAGGGCCAGGCCUAAUGCGAGGGGCCUAAUGUGUGCUAGCUAGCUGUGAAUAUCAGCCAAACAUUGUUCAGCUAGCUAGCUAGUAUACUAGCUACUAUUGUCUGGAGCAAGAGCUGUGACCUACAAGAGCCUCUAGCGCAUUUAGGCUCUAGGAUGGACGGUGGACAGCAAGUGUGGGCGCCGCAUCCAGUGGAGGGCUAUCAAAUGGGACUGAUUAUUGAUGUAGGGGCGGAUACACUCAGUGUGGAGCCUCUGGGGCAGCCAGGAGCGGUGGUAGAGGCCUCGUACGACUGUGUGUUCCCGGCAGUGGACGACGGGGCACCUGACGUUGAGGACAAUUGUUCCCUCAUCUACCUGAAUGAAGCCACGCUACUGCAUAAUCUUAGAGUACGCUUUACCAAGGGAAACAUCUACACAUACGUUGCCAACAUUCUCCUUGCUGUGAACCCUUACAACGAGGUCAAAGGUCUCUACUCCUCCCAAACCAUCCGCAAGUACAACGGCAAAUCCAUCGGAGUGUUACCACCUCACGUGUUUGCAAUAGCGGACAAAGCCUACCGUGAGAUGAAAUCACUCAAGUUGAGUCAAUCCAUCAUUGUCAGUGGUGAGAGUGGUGCUGGAAAGACUGAGUCCACCAAGUUUGUGCUCAGGUAUCUGACUGAGUCGUAUGGAACUAGUGCAGGACUCAUUGAGCAGAGAAUUGUGGAAGCUAAUCCUCUACUGGAGUCUUUUGGUAAUGCCAAGACAAUGAGGAACAACAAUAGCAGUCGUUUUGGAAAGUUUGUGGAGAUCCACUUCAACGAUAAGUAUCAGGUGGUGGGUGGCCAUGUGUCUCACUAUCUGCUGGAGAAAUCUCGUGUGUGCUCACAAUCAGCUGAGGAGCGUUCCUAUCACGUGUUCUAUCAGCUGUUAGCAGGAGCUCCUCAGGAGACCAAGGAUGCUCUCGGCCUGACGAAGGGACAAGCUUUCAAAUACUUGAAUCCUGCCUCCCUGAAGGACCCAGCCAUCCAUGAUGACCAGGACUAUCGCACCCUCGAGCAGUCCAUGGAUAGAGUCGGACUGUCACUGACAGAGAAGGCGGACCUGUAUCGAGUGAUAGCGGCCGUACUCCACCUUGGCAACAUCUGCUUUGAGGAGAACCAUAACGACAGAAAAGGAGGUAGUCUGGUGACUGGAGGGUCAAAGGGCAGUCUAGUGGGUGUGGCCAACCUCCUCGGACUGGAGGUGAUUGAUUUGGAGCGCUCCCUCACCUCACGAGUCAUGACCACCACCAAGGGGGGCAGCGUCGGGACCAUCAUCAAUGUACCCCUGAAGCCAGACCAGGCUGGUAAUGCACGAGAUGCUCUAGCCAAGGCUCUGUACCUGCGUCUGUUCAACCACAUAGUGCAGAGAGUGAACCAGUGCUUCCCCUUCAAGAGCUCCAGCUUCUAUAUCGGGGUGCUCGACAUUGCAGGAUUUGAGUACUUUCAAGUGAACAGUUUUGAGCAGUUUUGCAUCAACUACUGCAACGAGAAACUGCAGCAAUACUUCAACGCCAGGAUUCUCAAAGAGGAGCAAGAGCUGUACAAGAGGGAGGGGCUGGGUCUCACAGAGGUCCGCUACACUGACAACCAGGACUGCAUCGAUUUGGUAGAGGUGCGGACUCGUGGGAUCAUAGACCUCCUGGAUGAAGAGUGCCGUCUUCCUAAGGGCUCUCACAGUCACUUCACAGAGACAGUCCAUCAGACACACCUCAAGCACUUCAGACUCUCCGUGCCUCGUAAGUCUAAAUUGACGUAUCAUCGCAAUCUCCGUGACAACGAAGGGUUCAUAGUGCGUCACUUUGCAGGGGCAGUCUGCUACAUGACAUCUGAGUUUCUGGACAAAAACAACGACGCCCUGCACGCGAGUCUAGAGCAGUUGAUUUCAGCGAGCAAGGAUCCGUUCAUCAACCAGCUGUUUCCUGGGGCCACCAACAAGGGAGGGGGAAACACCAAGAAACUAGUACUGGACAGUGUCGGCAGCAAGUUUAGAACUCAGCUGAAUACGCUGAUGGAGAAGCUUGGAAAGACGGGAGCGAGUUUCAUCCGUUGUCUGAAACCCAACCUCAAAAUGGAGGCUGGCAAGUUCAUUGGAGGACAAAUUCUCUCACAGCUACAAUACGCAGGCAUGGUUGAGGUGCUCAAGCUGAUGCAGGGGGGAUUCCCCUGUCGUGCCCACUUUAACGACCUCUACCAAAUGUACAAAGCUGUACUACCCGCUAAACUGGCUCGCCUCGAUCCACGGCUGUUUUGUGAGGCUCUAUUUCGUGCAGUCGGUAUGAAACAUGAGGAUUUCCGGUUUGGAAUGUCACGAGUUUUCUUCAGAGCAGGAAAGUUUGCAGAGUUUGAUGACAUCAUGCGUGGAGACACUGACCACUUGGCAGCACUCGUUGCCAAGGUGCAGCGAUGGCUCGUGUGUAAGAGGUGGAGGAAGGCCAUCUAUGGAGCCAUUUGUGUCCAAAAGUUGUCACGUAAGAUCUCCUAUCGUUCUGAGAAUGCUCUCGCUAUUCAGCGAGCUGUCCGGAUGUUCCUAGCCAUGAGGAAACACAGACCACGGUACCAGGGGAUAGCCAGACUGCGUACACUACGAGGCAGAACUAAGACCCUCUCUGAGAUAGUGUCCAUGCUGAAGCGUGAUCGUGAGAGCCUUGUUAAGAGGGUGGGGCAACUCGAGACUACCCUCGACCAGCAGAUCAACAAACUAAAGAAUGGUGUAGUGUCAGCUGCUGAUAUCAACGCCACCUACAAAGCUCUGGCCAGCUCAACUGAAGAAUUCCUAAGAGAACUAAACGAUCGUCAGGAGGAGCAGCGCAUUGAGGAGGAGAAGGCAGAGAAGAUGAGGAAGAUCAAAGCAGAGCAGGAGAGAGAGCAGAAACGACGAGAGGAGGAAGCUGCUCGACUGCGGACACUGCAAGAUGAGAUGGAGAGAGAGAGGAAACGACAAGAAGAAGAUGAACGUCAAAAGCAACAAGAAGAGGACGAAAGAAAACUACGUGCUGAGCUUGAGGCACGUCGUGUGCGUGAUGAAGAGGAGAGGAGACGUGUCGAGGUGGAGGUGAGGCAGAAACGAGAGCAGGAAGAGGCGGACCGAAGACUGGCAGAGGAGCUGGAGAAAGAGAAUGAAGAGAAAUACUCUCUAAUGAUGGCUGCCCACGAACAAGAGAAGAGAGACUAUGAGCUGGCUCUCAGGCUGUCACAGGACGAACGAUCUCCACAACAGGCCAUAGCUGAGAGUGUGUCACCAAGUGCAGUCGAGUCUCAGAUCUAUCGAGCUUCGGUUCAAAGGUCGUCUGGAGCGCUGAGUCAGCAACAAGAGGCAGCCAGGAAGAAGUACAACCUCACCAAAUGGAAGUACGCAGAACUGAGGGACACCAUCAACACGUCAUGUGAUGUUGACUUGUUGGAGGCGUGUCGUGAUGAGUUCCAUCGUCGACUGAGAGUGUACCACGCUUGGAAGGACAAGAACAAGCGACGUACCCCGGCAGGACAAGGGGCGGAGUCAGAGCAACGAGCACCACAAGAGGUCCUCGAAUCAGCCCAAGCGACUCGUGGCCAAAGCCCCCCUCCACCCAUCCCCCCACGCUCGUCCAGUCUGACCCCACCCCCUGAAGACAAACCACAGCCACAACCACAGCGAUACUUCCGUGUUCCCUUCGUACGUCCCUCCCCAGACCAACUAGACCGUAAGAAAGGCUGGUGGUAUGCCCACUUUAACGGCCAGUGGGUAGCUAGGCAACUCGAGUUACAUCCUGAGAAACAGCCAUUGCUGCUAGUAGCCGGCAAGAAUGACAUGGACAUGUGUGAGCUGUCGCUAGAAGAAACUGGACUCUCGAGGAAAAGAGGGGCGGAGAUAUUGGUGGGAGAGUUUGAGGAGGCAUGGUGCAAGUACGGAGGUACAAAAUACGUGCCAACUGCUUCCAAAGAGGGUGGGCCCAAGGCAAGGAAGUGACCCAACAAUUAGAAGUGUUUUACGUAGGAUUCAGAACUAUUUAUUGUUUUUUGUUUAUUUUUUUGUUUAUUUUAGCCAUUAUUAAUUAGUUAGCUUAAUUUGACCGUUAGCGGGUGAUUAUUUUCGUAUGACGUAUAUAUACCCAUGCCAGCUGGCCAUUAUUUUGUAUUUUAA